AGUUGACGUGUCGGGGCUUGGGGGUAGGAGACAGGCCGCGCGCGGGUGCCCGGAGGACGUGGUGGCUCCGCUGGGCCUCUGGGCGGGGGUGUGAGUGACCUUGGGGCCGUCCCAGCCCUGCCCUGGGGUGGGCCCGGAAGGGAAGGUCAGGCCCGGCCGCCCCGCGCGCCUUCGGCCCCGGCGGUCACCGCGAGCGCCGCGCUUUCCGAGUUGACAGCAGCCACGUGCAUCCUUCAUGGCUGCCUUGCCGGCCCCGGGACCGAAGAUCAACAUCCAAGCUGGAGACACCGUCCAGGCCGGGGAGCGGGAGCCGCUGGGCCCCGGCGGGCCGGAGCAGGACAGGCCUCCCCAGCGCUCCUGGAGGCAGAAGUGUGCCUCGUACGUGCUGGCCCUGAGGCCCUGGAGCUUCAGUGCCUCUCUCACGCCGGUGGCCCUGGGCAGUGCCCUGGCGUACAGAUCCCAGGGCGUCCUGGACCCCAGGUUGCUGGUGGGCUGCGCCGUGGCUGUUCUGGCUGUGCACGGGGCCGGCAAUUUGGUCAACACUUACUAUGACUUUUCCAAGGGCAUUGAUCACAAAAAGAGUGAUGACAGGACUUUGGUGGAUCGUAUCUUGGAGCCUCAGGACGUUGUUCGGUUUGGAGUCUUCCUCUACACCCUUGGCUGUGUCUGUGCCGCCUGCCUGUACUACCUGUCCUCUCUGAAACUGGAGCACCUGGCUCUCAUCUACUUCGGAGGUCUCUCUGGCUCCUUUCUGUACACAGGAGGAAUUGGAUUCAAGUACGUGGCCCUGGGUGACCUGGUGAUCCUAAUUACAUUCGGCCCGCUGGCUGUGAUGUUCGCCUAUGCCGUCCAGGUGGGCUCGCUGGCGGUCUUCCCUCUGCUCUACGCCAUCCCCCUGGCCCUCAGCACCGAGGCCAUUCUCCACUCCAACAACACCCGGGACAUGGAGUCCGACCGGGAGGCGGGCAUCGUCACGCUGGCCAUCCUCAUCGGCCCCACCUUCUCAUACGUGCUCUACACCAUGCUGCUCUUCCUGCCCUACCUGAGCUUCAGCAUCCUGGCCACGCACUAUAGCAUCAGCCUGGCGCUGCCCCUGCUCACCAUGCCUGUGGCCUUCUCCCUCGAGAGGCAGUUCCGCAGCCAGGCCUUCAACAAGCUGCCCCAGAGGACGGCCAAGCUCAACCUCCUGCUGGGGCUCUUCUACGUCUUUGGCAUCAUCCUGGCACCAGCCGGCAGUCUGCCCAGACUCUGAGGGCACCAGCAGCUCCACACAUACACCCUUUCUUACGCCAUACUGAAGUCAGAGAGAAGAGACAGCUGGCAGCGUGGUCCUAAUAACAGGGACUGUAAGCUCCACCCUUUGUGUUAGGAUUGCAUUCUGUUGGAUCUGUUUUUCCAUGUUCUGGGAAUCACGUAAGCACCAAGCAUGUCCAAAGGGUAACUGGCUGCUUUGGUCCUUGUUUUAUUUAUAGUUUCCACUAGAGGGUGUUGUCAGGUCACUUUAGAACAGAAUGGAGCAAGUUCCACUACAUUUCACUGUCCUAAACUUCUCCAAAGGGCAGCCUGGGCUGGCCUCUUAUACCCAAAGAACCCUGGUAGCUAGGUGCCAUGCAGUCCUGUUAUCUUGGUCACAUAGGAAAUGGCAGUAAUUGGUGUCAGGUGCCAUUAAUAUGAGUGCACCUAGCUGUUCUCAGCGCUGGUCUCCUGAUGGCUGCUGGCAAGAGAAUGUCCCCUCAUUAGCAGCCCGUGUAGCACUCAGCUUUCUGCCUGAAGGACACUUCGGUCCUUCAUCUCUCCAUUCCCUUAUUGACACCGUGGAGGAAAGUGUCAGAUCUGCCUUGCCCGCCGACCACAAGCAGGGCCUGGGGAAGGAAAACCCACCCUGGAGGCAACUGAGAAGGGCACUCUGCUCUGGGUACAAUUAGUUAGUUGGGUGCUGGUGGCUCACACCUGUCAUCCUAUCUACUCAGGAGGCCAAGAUCUGAGGAUCG